CCGCCGCCGCCAGUGCCCUCGUCCGAUCCGCGACUAUCCAUGGACAGCAACAAGAGCCCUCCCGCAGACUCAGCAACACCCACAAACAACGACGACUAUGAUCUGUUCAAGCUCAAGCCCAUCGACGCGCUGCAGCUUCUCAGCGCAAGCGUCGAGCUGCUGGUCCGCAUCACCGGCGACGUCCCUCCCACGCCGCCGCCAAAGACGCCGACCGACCCUCAGAUGAGCAACAUGCAGGCCGAGAAGGAGAGUAUCGCGCGGUCACACUCGGAAAAGAGCCUUGCGCGACUGCGGGCGCAGGCCCUGCUGGAAGAACAGGAAGAGAAGAACAGAAAGCUGCGCAUCAAGCGCCAGCAAGAGGAGCAGCAGCAGCAGAAUCUGCAGAAACAGAGCCGCUCGUCGGCAGCAAGUCACAACGCCUAUGCCAUCGACGGCGUACGCCUAAGACACGACCAUCUCAAACGCUCGACGCCAUCGUCUUCAGCCCCGAACCUCCACCCCCCAGAGCCAUACGUCGUCGUCGGCGCCGAUUCACAGCCGCUCAACAUGCAGCACGGCGCCAUCACCCGCAAAUUCUACAGCAAAAACGAACCGCCCAUCUCCGUCCACCAGUAUCUGCUUCGACUGCACCAGUUCUGCCCCAUGAGCACAGCCGUCUAUCUCGCCACGUCGCUAUACAUCCACCGCCUCGCCGUCGAGGAGCGCGCCAUUCCCGUCACGAGACGAAACGCCCAUAGACUGGUCCUCGCGGGCCUGCGGGUAGCCAUGAAGGCGCUCGAGGAUCUGUCAUACCCGCAUACCAAGAUUGCAAAGGUCGGCGGCGUCAGCGAGGUCGAGCUGGCACGGCUAGAAAUUAGCUUUUGCUUCUUGGCUGGGUUUGAGCUCGUCGUGAGAGAGGAGCUGUUGAAGAAGCAUUGGCAGGUGCUGAGAGAGGGU